ACCGAGUCUAAAGUAGACUAACGAAGGGGAGAAACAUUUAUACAGGAAACAAGACAUCAAAGCGAGAUGGCGGCCGAUUCAGACUUCGUUCUCGACGCCGUCGUUGGUUUUCUAACCUCACCAAUCUGGAGUACCCCCGUUCUUUGCUUCAUGGAGCAGAAAUGUUUAGUGUUCGAUCCUGAUGGGAAAAACUACGACGCCUACGUUGAACUCCACAAAAAUUACAAAGAGAUGGUUGAUUCUCUACUCUCCAGCUUUGUCAAGGAUGUUGGGAUCACAGAAGAGCAGUUUGCAGUGGCGUGCAAAUCAAGGGCAGACAAUCCUACGUUUAACCAGAUUCACAGGAAUAUUUUUGAGCAGAUCUGGGCCGCUGAGGAUUAUGAGAUCUUCAAAAGGAUAAUGAUACAGAAAAAUAUUGAGAUUCAGCUUCAAGCACUGAGACUUCUAGAACACCAAGGUAAAAUCGCAAAGGGAGAGGUUCCUAAUGUAGCCCCGCCUCCCUCAGCCCCAGCGGCUAUGGAUGAAGAUGCAAUAAUGAAUGAGGUUCUAAGGAGGUCCAAAGAAGAGUAUGAAGCUCAAGUAAAAGGGAAGCUGUCAGAUAGUGCGCUUGGCCAAGCAGUUGAAGAAUCAAAAAAGGGAAAUGAGAGCAAGUCGCUCACCGUUGCACUUGAGGAAGCAGAAAAUGCUUUGGAAGUCAGGUUACUUGCCAUAGCUAAACGUGAGCAAGAAGAGAUGGAACGAGCAGUGAAGGAGUCUAUCAGAGUCGAGAAAGAGAAACGUAAAGCUGAGAAAGCAGCUGAAGCCGCAGCUGUUGGCAGCAGUCCUGCAGCUAAGACUCCAUCAUCAGCCUCUUCUCCCUCCAGUGCCACUGCUGCAACAACUGCAGGCAAGCCAGUAGCUGCAGCAGCAAAGGACCUUCCUGAAGUACGUAAGCCGGCUACCGCAAGCUCCCCAGCUCCAUCCCAGCCAGCUGCUGCUACCCCCUCUGAUGCAGCUGCUAGCUGGUUGAGCAGUGCUAAGGCAGAAGCUGCUUCAGAGUCAACAGGAUCAUCUGGUAGCCAGGGUGCCAAAAUGUCGGAUGAAGAACUAAAGCGUAGAACAGAGUAUCUCAAGCAACAAAGAGACAAGCUACUUGCUCUCAAGCAACAAGAACGAAACAAGCAUCUCGCCGUAUAUACCGAGCAAGACGCGAAGGGCCGAGCGCGCCCGACGUCUGCCCGAGCGGCACGUCGUGUGACCGACGGUGAGCGACCGGAAUCGACUUCUUCCGACAGCUCCGAUCAAGAGAAGAAGCUGGCCAUGCGCCGUGCUCUAGCCGAUGUACUGAAGCGCGAGGUCAUCGAGAAGUAAAUGGUGCACAGGAAAUAAUAGGAAAUUUUAUUCGAAUUGUAAUGUAAAUUCCAACAAAGAAUUGUGAGGCACUCUAAGUUUUUAACUUAAAAGUCAAUCUGUGGUUUUGACUCAAAAGUCAGUCUGUGGUUUCAGCUAAGAAAAAAAAAAUGCAGUAGAUUUUUUCAUGGGUCAACUUACGACUUACCCUGGGUACCCGAGGCUCCGCGGCGACAACGAUUGCUCAAAACGUUUAAUUCGCGAAGCUAGUUGCCUCUGGAACCCAGGGUACUUACAACAAAUGUUCUAACCGUAAAAAGCCCUCUCACAAAAAUCAGAAUAAAACGAAAAUAUUUUUUUUUGUCAUUACUCACCAGAAGUUCUUGCCGAAUUUUCGUAUGAUUUAGUGCAUGCAAAUUGGCUCCGAUCAAUUGAAUUUUGUGUUGUUGGCCACGACUCUUCACACUUGUAGAUUUAACCAAAUUAAAGGCUGAGAAAAUAGAGACGGGUCCAGGAUCACCUAGAUGCGUCGCGUUAGUACUCGCAGUAUUCCACAAUUCUCUCCACUAGAUAGAAUCUAAUAUUAUUUUGACAUUUGAUGAAUGUAUUUAUUGCUGAUGGAGUAAUAAAUAGACGAAAAUUUG